AUGAUAAUACAUUUACUGAAUUAUACAAAUCUCACCGAAUAUAAUAGAACAUACAUUUUUAAUUCAUUAAUUUAUGGUCAAACUGAUGUAUUUAAUUUAUUCACUCGAAAAGCAUCUUGUUUAUUAUCUGGAAUUGGAAUGAUAACAAAUUUAAUUAUAUUUAUUACAUUAUUAAUUUAUCGUCGACAUUGUACAACAUAUUUUCUUUUAUUAACAAUGGCCAUAAAUGAUUGCAUCUAUUGUUCAAUGUAUCUAACAUCUUAUUUAUCUGUAAACAAUAUUUUAAAUAUAAUAAAUAGAUUUAUUCUUUGUCAAUUAUCAUUUUUUUUACAAUCAUUUUCAUUUAUGUGUUCAUCAUUAAUAUUAUUUGUAUGUUUAAUGCAUACCUAUAAAAAAUAUGAUCGUUCUUAUAAUACUGCUACUGGUCAAUUAUGUGGUCGUUUAUCACUAUUAUUUAUAUUUGGUAUUGUUUUUGCUCGUGCCUUUCUUGACAUGAUCAGUGUUGAUACUGAAAUAGAUAGACGAACAAAUAGAAACAUUUGUAAAGUAUUUAAUUUAGAAAAUAUAACUAGUUUAGCUAAAAUGACACAAUAUAUUUUACAAAUUAUCUAUGAAACAGUCGAUACACUUAUUUAUCUAGCUUGUUUUAUUGUUACACUCUUGAUACUAUAUAAAAAAUCAUUUUGUUGUAAAUCGAACAAUAAUAGUCAAAUGAUGAUUUAUCGAUCACAUCCUCAUAUUAGUUGUUCAAAUUCAGUUUCAAAUAUAAUUCAAUCACCAUCAUCAUCACAACGUAAACCAUCAGUUGAGUCAUUAUUAUUAAAAAAUCAUUAUCGUACACAUGUAAGCACAUAUCAAAUUUGUUUACCUUCUACGACAGUGCCUAUUGCAAAUAAUGAUCUAAUACCUGAUAAACAUCAUCGUCUUGAUUUGGUUAUAUUUUCAUUAGGUGUUCAAACAUCAUUGCUAUUUUUUCCCGUGAUAUUUUUAAAAUUAGAUGCUAAUUUUAGUAUUUUAUCAUUGCAAGCCUAUCUUUUGAGACAUUCGUUCUGGUAUUCGAUAGCACAUCCAUCCGUUUUAUUGAGUUUAGCAACAAGAAUAUUUGCCUAUUGUCUAUUUGAUAUGAAUUUUCGUCACUAUUUUAAUAAAAUAGUCGCUUUUCGAGCUACUUUUAGUGUAAACAUGGCAACAGUUAAUUUGCCAUUAGCUGACCCUAACUUGCAACCGGUAAUUAGUAAUAUAUUGCAUAAUAAUUAUGAGAAUAUGCAAAUAAAAAAUCGUACAACAAAAAGAGUUCGGAACGAAUACGGUGAGGAGGACAAUGAUGGUGUUAUUGUUGAUGACGACCCGACUAAUCCAUUCAUAUUAGUUAAGAAUAAAAAUAAUCAGCAGAAACAACAACUAACAACGUCGAAAACUAUUCUAGAUAGUCAACAACAAAUCAAGCCAAUAGUUACAAACCUAGCAGAACGUUAUGCAUGUUCAUUUAGAUAUCCAGCCAUCAAAUUGAAACUAUUAGAUGCGACAAUAGCGAUCUUUGAAACACAUGUUAAAAACUUCCUAAACGAACUGGAAAAUAAAACAAAAAAUAUUCAUAUAGCAUUUUGGCAUAUUGAUAAAAAUAUACUAUCGCUAUUUGUGGAUACCAGACAAUCAUUUGCAUAUUUACUUCAAAAGCAAUCAUAUCCGGAUUUAUUUAAUGGACAAAAUUUCGAGAUAAUUCCACCGUUAAGAAUCCCACCUCAAAUGUCAUUGUUAAUAACUGGAGUGCCUACACAUCUUACAAAAGAUGAUAUUUUAGAUGAUGCAAGAAUUCAUUACCCAUCGAUUAGUGAUGCACUCAUACAAUUACCGUCACAAGGUGCACGUGCAUGUAAUGUUAGAUUAGAUUUUACUAACAGUGAUGAAUAUGAAAAAUGUCACAUAUUAGGUAAAAUUGGUAUUAAUCAUAUGGAUUUAAAAGUUAAACAAUACUUAGCUAAACCAAAAGUUUUAUUUUACAAUAAAUGCCACGAAUGUAGCAUUGACAUAACAAGCAACAAUAAUCAUGCAUGCAAUGGGCCAAAAUGUAAAAAUUGCGGACACGACCAUUACUAUUAUGACAACCGUUGUCCUGUUUUAAUUGAAUACAACCGCACAUUACUAUCCACACUAAUUGCAAAAAACAUGAUUAAUAAUCAAUUUCAUAUUCCUCGUAAAUUCCGUGAACGUACUGAGUUAUUGUUUAGAAAUAGUAAUAAUAUUAAUAGAAAUCAUACAACAGUCUCAUAUGCAUCAAUAGUUAAAACAAAAAAUACUCCUCAGCAAAUCAAAAAUACUAAUGACGACAAUAAUAAUCAAAUAGAUAACGAUAAGAACAGGAUUAAUGAGAUUUCGAGUAUUAGUAAUAACUUUACUCAACAAUUGCUAACGAUACAAAAUGAACAUAUAAAACAAAUGUUAGAAUUACAUGAACGCAUGAAUCGUAUACAUGAAUAUGGGCAAUGUACGCAAAUACAUUUAAACUCAUUGACACAAUUACUUGAAUCCGUCAUUGUACCAGCAGUAAGUCAUAUAGCUCACGGUUUUACUAGUUUCGUCACAGCAUUAAAUACACAAGACUAUACAGAAUUGAAUAAACAAUUAGAAACAAUUAAUCUUAUACCAAAAACUAUGUCUGAUGGUUUAUUAAGUACCCGUAUAGUCAUGGCACAGGCAUCGAGUCUCGUUUUAAAUUGUAUCGCAAAUGCUAUGAAUACUAAAAUAUCGUCUUCUGUGUCUUCGUUAAAUGUAAAUAAUACUUCACCUCAUUCUUCUGGUAAGACUGCAUCUUCACCGCCAAAUAACAGUGCUAGUUUAUCAAUAAGCUUAACAUGA